AUGCCUUCGGGAACACCGUUCCGGCCUUUUCUGCGCGCCACGCAUGGAGCAAGCGUAAUGAGCUCCCCAGUCGCCAUCGCAGCCGCUGCUGCGGGCAUCGGCGCAUUUGCUUGGUACCUGCGUAGCAGUGGUGCUAACUCGGACAAGCCCAUCUUCAGCAGCUUCGGCUUUCAUACCUUGCGCCUCCACAGCACCGAGCUGGUGAACCACAACGUCAAGAAGUUGCGCUUCGAGCUACCAGAUGCGAGCAAACCGGGCGGGCUUCCCCUAACGUCUGCGCUGCUGACCAUCUCCUUCCCCAACGGCCGUUGGCUUCCUGUCCUCCGGCCUUACACUCCGACCAAUGACCUCAAUGAGCCCGGCUUCAUCGAGUUGAUGGUCAAGCUCUAUCCCAACGGCAAACAAAGCACCCACCUGCACUCCCUCAAGCCGGGCGACACACUCACGUUCGCGCCGAUCAAGGGACUCGCAUGGACGCCCAACAAGCACGCACACGUGGCGCUCAUCGCCGGCGGUGCGGGCGUCACGCCCAUGUACCAGCUUGCGCGUGGCAUCCUGCAGAACCCGGGCGAUCGGACACGCAUCACGCUCGUGUGGGGCAAUAACACGGAUGAGGAUAUCUUCCUCAAGGAUGAGAUUGCCACGCUGGAGCGGAACUACCCCGGACGGUUCAAGGUGGUGAAUGUCGUGUCCAACCCGAAGGCCGGGUCGCCCCACGUGAAGGGAUACAUCACCCGGCAGGUGCUGGAGAACGCUGGCUUGGGUGCGGAAGGAGGUAAGAAUCGGGACGUGAAGGUCUUGAUGUGCGGUCCGCCCACCAUGGAGAAGGCGUUGAAGGGGAGGCGGGGAACGGGCGUGUUGGCAGAGUUGGGGUACAGGCCGGAUCAAAUUUACACUUUCUGA